AUGGCCAACGAAGAAGACAGCGUGGAGCAUGAUGGGGAUGACAACAAGUCAAAUAAGGGAAAGAAGAUCGCCAAGCAUGACUCCGGGGCGGCAGAUCUCGAGAAAGUUACAGAUUUUGUGGAAGAAGCAGAAAUAUCGUCACAAAAUUUUGGAGAUGCUAUGCGAGUUGUGAGUGACAGGAAAGCAAAAGAAGCCACAGAGCGACAAAUGAAAGAGAAAGAACUGUCCAAGGUCAAGAUCACUAAGGAAGAUGUGGAUUUAAUUAUGAAUGAAAUGGAGAUUGGAAGGAGUCAGGCAGAACGGAAACUGCGAGAACACAAAGGAAAUGUGGUGGAGGCAUUGAUAGAACUAACAAACUGAUGUAUAGCAUAAUUAAGUUACUUCACAAGCACCAU